AUGACAGUUGUUUCUGCUUUGGGAUUUGGCAAAGGCAUUGCAGGCCGAGCUAUCAAGACAAACCAGGAUCUUCUGUCAGAAACCCCCUGGACCCACAUAUUCUACAAUGACUUUUGGGGAACCCUCCUCACCCACAGUGGGAGUCACAAGUCCUACCGACCUCUCUGCACACUCUCCUUUCGCAUUAACCAUGCUAUUGGAGGCUUGGACCCUUGGAGCUACCACCUUGUAAAUGUCCUGCUACAUGCUGCAGUCACAGGACUUUUCACAAACUUCUCCAGAAUCUUGUUUGGGGAUGGAUAUUGGACAUUAAUCGCAGGCCUGCUGUUUGCAUCUCAUCCCAUCCACACCGAAGCAGUGGCAGGAAUUGUAGGGAGGGCUGACGUCGGAGCCUGCUUCUUUUUUCUUCUCUCCUUGAUAUGUUACGUUAAACAUUGCUCUACAAGAAGCUACUCAGCCAGCACUUGGGGCUGGAUCUUGGGUACAGGACUCUGUGCUGGCUGCAGCAUGUUGUGGAAAGAGCAAGGAGUGACUGUUCUAGCAGUUUCAGCAGUUUAUGACAUCUUUGUGUUUCACAGGUUGAAAAUGCACCAGAUCAUUCCUUCUAUAUAUAAAAGGAAGAAUUUAUCCCUUCUCUUCAGCAUUGGUUUAUUGACUUUCUGGGGAUCUACACUGCUGGGUGUCCGCUUGUACUGGAUGGGCAACAAGCCACCAAGCUUUUCCAACUCUGACAACCCAGCAGCUGACUCAGACAGUUUUUUUACACGCACUCUGACCUUUUUGUAUUUACCCACGAAAAACCUCUGGCUGUUGUUGUGUCCAGACACCCUCAGCUUUGAUUGGUCUAUGGAUGCUGUGCCUCUUCUUAAAACAGCCAGUGACUGGAGGAAUCUACACACUGUGGCCUUCUAUGCUGGACUCCUCCUUCUUGCCUACUUUAGCUUGAAGAGUUCCAGCAAUAAAAGAGAAUGCAAUGGGAAAACUGUGAUGAAUGGCAAGCAGAAUACUAAUGGGCAUAGCUGCCACUCAGACCUGGAAUACAAGAGUUUAGAGCUGAAGUCCAGCUUUACAUCAAAAGAAGAGAAUGGCGUAAAAAAACAUGUAACUCAGAGACCUCAGCUUCCUUCAACUGAGAACAUUGUACUUCUGUCUCUGUCUUUGUUAAUAGUGCCCUUUGUUCCUGCCACAAACCUAUUUUUCUAUGUAGGCUUUGUAAUAGCAGAGCGUGUACUAUAUAUUCCUAGUAUGGGCUUCUGCCUGCUUAUUACAGUGGGUGCCAGGGCCCUUUAUGUCAAAGCCCAAAAGCGCUUUUUGAAAAACUUGAUUUUUUAUGCCACUGCUGCAUUAAUUUUUUUCUAUGGACUCAAGACUGUUGUUAGGAAUGGCGAUUGGCAGAAUGAGGAGAUGCUGUAUAAGUCAGGGAUAAAAGUAAACCCAGCUAAAGCAUGGGGUAACCUUGGAAAUGUUCUCAAGAGCCAGAGCAAGAUCACUGAAGCUGAAAGCGCCUAUAGAAAUGCCUUGUACUACCGCAGCAACAUGGCUGAUAUGCUUUAUAAUUUAGGAUUACUGCUGCAGGAAAACGGCAGGUUUUCAGAAGCACUGCACUACUAUAAAUUGGCGAUUGGUAGCAGACCCACUUUAGCAUCUGCCUAUUUAAAUACUGGUAUUAUCCUCAUGAAUCAAGGAAAGAUUGAGGAAGCCAGGAGGACGUUCCUGAAGUGUUCUGAAAUCCCUGAUGAAAAUUUGAAAGAUCCUCAUGCUCACAAGAGCUCUGUUACCAGCUGCCUUUAUAAUUUAGGAAAACUCUUUCAUGAGCAAGGACACUAUGAGGAUGCCCUUAUGGUUUACAAGGAAGCAAUACAGAAAAUGCCAAGACAGUUCGCCCCACAAAGUUUAUACAACAUGAUGGGAGAAGCCUACAUGAGACUGAGCAAGCUGCCUGAAGCAGAACACUGGUAUAUGGAAUCGUUGCGAUCCAAGACUGACCACAUCCCAGCACAUCUCACAUACGGGAAACUUCUGGCACUAACGGGCCGCAAGAGUGAGGCAGAAAAGUACUUUUUGAAGGCCAUUCAGCUGGAUCCCACCAAAGGCAAUGGUUACAUGCAUUAUGGUCAGUUUCUUCUAGAAGAAUCCCGUCUGAUAGAAGCAGCUGAAAUGGCAAAGAAGGCCGCUGAGCUUGACAAUUCAGAGUUUGAUGUUGUCUUCAAUGCAGCCCAUAUGCUCAGACAAGCAAGUCUCAAUGAAGCAGCGGAGAAGUAUUACGAAAUGGCAGCAGGAUUGAGACCUAAUUAUCCGGCUGCCCUGAUGAAUCUUGGAGCCAUUCUUCAUCUCAAUGGUAAACUCAAAGAUGCUGAAGCAAACUACCUCCGUGCUCUUCAGUUUAAGCCAGAUGAUAUCAUCACACAGUCAAAUCUUCGCAAAUUAUGGAAUAUCAUGGAAAAACAAGGUUUAAAGACAUCUAAAACAUGACAGAAAAAUUCAAGGAACUUCUUUUUCUUUCAGUUGAGACAAAUCCAAAACAAAACUUCCAAGAAUUUAUCUGAUGAAAGCUCUCAUUGGACUUGACUGGGUCAGAGGGUCUUAAUUGCUGCUAGGAGAACCUGUUCUAAUUUUUGGCAUGACUUUUUUAUUAGAAAAAUAAAGGGAAAUUCUUUGGGAGCUUCAUGAAAGACUUAAGGAUUACCCCACAAAAGUAAAAAAAUUAAACCACAGCACUUAAAGGAAGGUGUUUUGGCAUAUUUGAGAAGUUAUCACAGUUAAUCCCAUAUUGCUCAUUUUCAUGUGAGUUUUUAAAAAUUAUACUGUCCUGAAAAAAACUAAGGGAGAAUUGUAUAGCAUUCGCCCAGCCACAUAGAAGUAAAAAAGGUAAUACUAACUUAAAGUAUUUGCUGACACUGUAACUCAUUAAAACGUAUACUAAAUCCAAUAUGCUUGCAGUUUGUCUUAAUGCUGCUGUAUCACUCUUUAGUACCGUCUGCUUAUCAAUUUCAAACUGACACAGCUUUUUUUUUAAAGACCUGUCACUUGUGGUUAGAUGACAAUAUUCACAGUUGUUUAAUGACAAGUUACACAUACUGUUUCAAACUGUUGAGAGUUUUGAUGUAGUUUACAUCAGAUGCUCAGUUAUUUCCUUUGCCUAUCCUAGAUGGAACAAGUAAGAGUCAGCUCUGUGUGUGACAUUGGAUCAGGAUAAAAGAAUUGGAAGCUAUCACUAGUGUCAUGAAUUGUCUCUAUUUACACAGAAAACAGAUGUUUGCCCUGAUAUCAAAUAAGUGCGGUGAAGCUGUAACCUUAAAACAAGUUCUCUUUGGCCUUAUAGAACACUGUGCGUUACUCCUUUCACAUUACUGUUGAUAAGCCCAGUUUUGGACUGAACAUCUAGAUGCUGUUCAACUUGCAUUAUUUUUGCAAGAAUUCAACCAGGGUGAGUUUGGAAGUGUUAGAAAUGGUGCAAAUGAAGCUUAUCAGAUUUUUUUUAAAUGGAACUUUUUGUCCUCUGCUGACGGGGCGGCAACUAGCUAAAGGGAUUGACUUUUAGCAGCUAGCAGAGAAUCUGCAAGACAUUGUAGACCAAGAGGUGUGUGUAAGAGUGGUUGCCAAUUAAUCAGAGUAUUUUUUAGAAUGGUGUUCUUUUAAAAACUAUUAUCCACUUGGAUUCUAACCAGAUACUAGGGAUCCAUUUUGUGACAUGUACGGUUACAACAAAAUUAUGUUUCUAAAGAUUUAUUUUUUAUUUGGGCUAGCUAUUGUUUUAGUCUUCAUAAAAAGUAUAAAAUAAUUUAUUUUAAGCUGUAGCAUAUUGAAGCUUUAGAGUCUGUGUUUUCCGAAGCCAUUUGCUUACUGCUUUCUUUUGUUGGAAAAAGUAUUAUAAUUUAUAAGAAAAUUUCAUUUAAUAACCUGUUGAUAUCUGCUUCAAUGUUCAUUUCAUGAGUGGUAACUAUAACAUUAAGUGCACCUUUAAUUGAAGCAAGUUUCUUCAGGAUCUGUUAAAACCCUUUAUAAUGAAAAAUAUUUUUCUCUUUUUAAACUGUAGAGCACCAUUCCAUUGUUGUGUACUUCUGGGAGAAUAGUUUGCUGUAUGGUAUUUAUUUAUUUAUUACUCAAUUGCAGCAACAUUUUCGUUCACUAAGCCUGUAGUCUGCAACUUUCGCUAUCAUCUUCAUUUGGCUUUUGCUGCUUUAUGUGGGUAGCAUGUGUACUUAAAGGGAAAUGUAACACCUGCAUUUAUUGUACAUUCUCCCCAUACACACUACAGUUUUAGAUCUGUAUUAAAGGAUAUUGAGGAGCAGUUAUUUCAAAAUUGAUAUAGUCACAAUUUGUAAUAAUAAUUUGUCUUUUUGUUUCCAGUUAGCAAUGCUAUGUUUUAAUGACUAAGUUCACAAUGGGGAUACCUAAAGAGCUGCUUUAAAAAAAAAAAAAAAAAAAAAA